UUACACUCUGACCUUGUCCUCACAGGAGCAGUGACCCUGGGGAUGUGGGAAAGUUAAUCAAUUACACAUUUAGAGAUGUAAACUCAGGAAGAGCAGAACCCUAGGCCCACAGACAACUUUUCAGUUCAUGGAUUGGGAUUAUUCAUAUUUGGAGAAAAAUCACACCAGAUAAUCACAGAUUUAUUCAAGAAAGCAGAAUCUGUUUGAGCGAGUGGUUGGGCAACUCUUCUGGCAUGAAAGAAUUAAUGCCUCCUUAGAGGAACUUGGUCAAAGCAGGGACUAGAAAGGCAAAAGAGUAAUGCAUGUGUGACUGGAGCUUCCAAGAUUUGCUGAAAUUUGAAUAGAUCUUCCUGGCAUGUGUAAUGGAUAAAUAAGUGAAAGAAGCCAACCCAAGAAAAGUGAACAGACAGAUCAAAACUGGUACCACAUCAUCUGGCUGGGGAUUUUGCUGAUGUUACAAAACUGAUAAGACUCUAUAGCAGCAUAUAUAUAUGCUGCUAUAUAUAUAUUCAUAUAUAUAUAUAGCAAGCAUAUAUAUGCUUGCUAUAUAUGCAAGACUAUAUACCAGCAUAUAGAUGUCCAGUCUGUUGCGUCAUUCAAACCAUGAGACUCAUCUUUCAAGAAUGUUCAGUGAUCUUCACACUGGUCAACCUGGUGGGUACUCUAUCGCAAUCAUUUGGUCAGAGUUAUCUUCAGCAUUUAUUGGAGUUUACACAGAGAAUCCAUGUUGCAUUGGUACCAAAAAGAGAUCUCUUCAGCAGGAAAAUCUUUCCAGGUCAGAAAGAUGCCAUCAGCACCACAAUAAUCAAUUUCAAUAAUGAGAAAAUGCAGAUCACGUGGGCAACAAGAAAACUAUUCCCUGGCAAGAAUGUGUCAUUUUAUUAUAUAUUCGAAGACGGCAAGCAGAAAUACUGGAAAAUAUGUCCCACAUAUCUAUUGACACAAGGUUAUAAUUCAGGAUGUCUUUUUAAGACAGAAGGAUACACCCUUGCUUUCUCAAUCAUGAACAGCAAUGGAAGUGAAGAGCUUUUUUCUAAAAGACUGAAGUCUGAUUUCUAUAUAAAGCCCAAUCGACCAGAAAAUGUGACCUUCAGUUGGAAGGAUGACACUGUUACUGUUACAUGUAAUAAACCAGAAAGAGGUGUGAAGUGCUUGAGACUUGAGCUUCAGUACAAAAGCAAAUAUGACAAAGGAUGGCAAUCCAGAACUUCUAAGUGUUGCAGAGUUGGAGAGCAAGGCUUUGAUCCAAGGAAAUGCUAUUCUUUUCGGGUCAGACUGAAGAGGAUAGUACCCUCUUGCAACGUAGUUGAUUUCAGCAGUGACUGGGAAGCAGAAACAUUUUGGAUGAAUAGCACAUUAUUAGAUUCAUGUGAUGAUGAAAUAAAAACCCAGUCAAACACAGUAAUUCUUUUAAGUUGUUUGAUGGCAGUACUUCUAAUAAUAUUUAUCCUCUUGAUCCUUCUGUGUAAAUGGCAGAGACUUCAAAAAUCUGUUAUGCCUACUAUACCAGAUCCAAAAUAUAUAUUUACUGAUCUCUUCAAUGAUCAUAGUGGAAACUUCCAGGAAUGGAUAGAUAAAACUGAUCAUGCAGUAGUACAAACCAAAUUGGAAUAUGAAGAGCUAGAAUGCAUCAUCGAGGAAGAAAACCAACCAACAGACAAGAAGAAAAGUGACAAUCAGGAACCUAGGGAAAAAAUCUUCAGCUUUUCAGGAACAACUGGAAAUAAUAGCCCCAAAACAACUCAGAAUGCCCGCCUGAUGCCAACAUUCAAUAAUACAGUUUCUUUUGCUGUCCCCCAGAAUGUAGUGAAUGAUGACAUGUAUGUGAUGUUAUAAAACCUGCAUAAUUCAGAAGAUAUGAGGAAAUGAUAUGUAAGAUCCUGAUGAGUAUGUGCAGAGGCUGAAUAGAAAAUAUUAUCACAAGUAGAAACGCAAGAAGAAAGAUGCAAGUCUGUAUUAUCUGAUUCCAGAUAGGUUCUUUCCAAGAACUUAUGAUCUUAUGAGCAGGCUAAAUAUUUGAUGUAAAUGUCUAAUGAUUUAUGGAGUUAAGAUUUCGGAUUAUAGUUGGUUUUUAUAUGUAGGAUUUAAGUAAGUCCCAUUUUCAUGUUAGGGGAGAGAACAAGAGCUGUUCCAUGGCACAAUUUCAACAGCUGAGAUUCAGUCCUUGUGCUUUUGUAGUGCAAACUACAUCAUUACUAUUCUCAAAUGAAAAGAAAAUUAAGAUAUUUGUCUCCUAAUGGUCUUUGUUUCACAAAGGCCAGACAGCAUACUGUUCAUUUUCAUAGUGAUAAUAUACUGCUUUACUGUAUCUCCUUAUAUUAGAAGUGCUUGCUUUUGUAGCUGCUUCUCCAGUUGUGAAAUUUUGUUCUUCAUGGUAUGCAUCAAAAAUUUUUAAAAGAGAAAGAAUAAAUCAUGUGUCUAUGGACAGAAAAGGGAGGAUGUACGCUGUUGAGUUACAAUUUAUCAUGUAAAUAUUGCUGUGCAGGCAGUUUCCUCCAGAAUAGCAAAGAUUCAUGGACUGCGGUCAGGUCCUUGAUAUCUUACUGUGUCUCGAUGUGACUACCUCAGCUUCUUGCAGAGAUCAGGUUCAUUUUCUACAAUAUUUAUAUUUAACUAAAUUUCUUUUAUUUCAAACUAUUUGUAAUGCAAUGAAGUAGAAUUUAAAACUGUAAAUAAAAGCUUUAUUUUCAAACUCUGUUCUACUGUUUUCUAAAGCUUACCAACUUUUGAAUGUUCAAUUUUUUACUUAAAAUGCCACAUACUACAGUUAGGUCUCAUAAACAAAAUCUGAGGUAUUCUGUUAAUUACCCUAACAUCUAAGCUACACUGAAAACAAAUUUUGUAAAAAUGUUAAAUGCUAAAACAUCUUUUAUAUGUAUAUGUAAGGUCUUGUAGAUACAUUGUAAUUAUAUGUUGAAAUAGUUCCAGAUAUUUACACGAACAUCAAUCAGUCGUUUAAUGAUUUUAUCAGUUGAAUAAAUUUUGCCUACUGCAUACUUUUAUGAACUAAUUCAUACUGUAACUUGCAGAUGACACCUAUCAUAAAAUUACAGAAAUUAAUAUUGUUUGCUCAGCAUUUUAAUGCCAGAUGUCCUUGGGAAUUGUAUACAGUAAUGUAGAUAUAUUAAUUUCCAGAAUUGGUUUCUGAUGACCCAGUUUGCCAUACAAGGACAAAUCCACAAAAUGUAUGUCAGUAACUGCAAAACUUAACUGGGAAGACACAUUUCUCUAUUUUUUCUUGACAUUACCUUAGACUUAGUUGUACAGUAACAAGAAAACCAAGUUAACAGAGGAUUUCCUGAAAUCGUGACAAUUUUUCUGCCUUUUUUUUAAUCUAAAUCAGAAUUACACAAGCUUUUUGGGGUCUUUCAUACAUCUUUGGUGCAUCAUUUUAAGUGAAUUUUUAAAAUAAAAAUAAUUACGCAGUAUUUAAAUAGUAUAAGAAUGCAGUGAAUUUUAAACAAAUACAAGCUUUAUAUAAUUUGAUAAGCAGAAUAUACCUUAGCUCAGGUGUUCUUAGAUGAUAUAAACUGGUGUUAUUGCAUGAGAAUCAAAGAACUUAAAUCUAAUUACACUUGAUAUGAACAUGUUCCAGUAAUGACUGAAGCAAUAAAGUAGGAAGGAAAGCUUGGAAUGUAUUGCUUAGCUCCUUCAUCUUUGAACUAUACAUACAUCUGAUGGUCUAAAGAUCUAGGUAGAUGCCUUAAUUUAACCAUUAACCAUUUUCUGUUUACAAAUAUUUUUCUACCUGAAUUAAGUGUUUCAUAUUGUUGUACUGAAAUUUUACUUCAGAAGAAAAAGAAGACAGAUGUGGAAAUGUGUUCUUUCAGUUGUGUUCCUGAAAUGAAAAUUUACAGUCAUCUAAGAUUUUAGUGUGAAUGAUAGCUUGUAUUAUAUUUUACAGUUAUAAAGUUUAUUUUUGCAUA